AUGGAAGAGGAAAACAAUAAAAAGCCAGAAUGCUCUUCAAGUUCGAAGGUCAGUGGGUUGUGGGGUGAAAUCUGGAAACUUGCAAUUCCAAGUGUAGGAAAAAACUUCAUGUGGCGAGCUUGCAAUAACCUGUUGCCUACAAAGAAAAAAUUGUUACACAGGAAGGUUGUUCAGGAGUCCAUGUGCCCAAUUUGUGGAAUGGAGGAGGAAACUGUGUGCCAUAUUUUAUGGGAUUGCCCAUCUGCUAGGGAUGUGUGGGGAGCAAGAGGAAGUAUUUUUCACAAAUGUAGCAUAACGGGAGUGGAUUUCUCCCAUCUAGCCGAAGAGAUUCGUGUUAUCUAUGGCGUGGAAAAUUUUGGGAGGUUUGUUGAUUUAGCACGUAGAAUCUGGCUGCACAGAAAUAUUGUUGUCCAUGGUGGUCGUUUUACACAUUCCGACAUAUUAGCUCAACAUAUGCGGAUGGAGGGUGAGGAGUACAAGCAAGCGCAAUUGAUCAGAUCUCCAAACAGUCACGACGCAGGGUCUGGGGUAUCUAAUUGGGACUUAGCCCUUGACAAACAUUAUGGGAGGAUUGGUGUUGGCGUCGUAGUCAGGGAUUCAAGGGGUGCUAUAGUUGUGGCACGAAGUCUCACUAUAUAUGGUUUUGUUGAGCCACUAGCAGGGGAGAUAAUGGCAGCAUGUGUUGCAGUCAGUUUUUGUUCUGAGAUGGAAGGGCAUGUCAUCAUUUUUGAAGGAGAUGCGCUUCAAGUAGUGACUGCGGUGAACUCGGAGCAGCGGAAUUGGAGCCGUAAUGGGCAUCUUAUUGAUGAUAUAAAGAUGCUUCUACAAUCUAUUCCGCAAUAG